GAGAGUGGGCGGGGGAGGCGGAGCACUUCGCAAACAAGGGAGGCUGGCAAAAACACUCUGAUCUUUAUCUCUAGACGUUUUGUUGGGCUGAGAAAAUGUGUCAGUGCCAGCAGAACUGGGGCUUACUGCUCUGCAGCAGCUUCAUGGGUAGUGAUGACACUAAACAUUGCCACCUUUGUGCCUGUUACUAAAUGCUGAUUCGUGGGCUUUUUUCCCUUCCCCUCCUUGUAACACUGGACCCUGGAGCAGCAAAACACAUUCUGAGCCCCGGAGGGCUUUAAAAAAAAAAAAAGUUAUUUGCACCAAAUGACAGCUGAAAGCUGAGGGACUUUUUGGUAGAUCUUGAGUGCGAUUGGCUUUUGUUUUUUUUUUGUGUACAUGUACUUUGCAAAAAGAUGGCGACAAGAGGAGGCGGCGGAUACCCCAUGAACCCGGGGAGCCCGAUGAAUGUAGCGCUGGGGAUGAACCCCAUGAAUCCGGCGGCAGGACAAGGGGGCAGAGUGCCCAUGAAUCUGCAGCAGCAGUCUCCAGUCUUCCGCGCUGUGGGGCCCGGCGGCGCUUACCCCCGCCCGGGAAUGGUGCCGGGAUCUCGGAUGGGAAUGUCGGGGAUGCAGAUGGGCAUGCCCGCUGGGCCGUCCUUCAUGGGGAGCUCGGCCAUGAGACCAGGUAUUCCACAACCGAUGAUGGACCCGUUUCGCAAGCGCAUGCUCACUCAGCAGCAGCCCCCUCAGAUGAUGCAGAACCGAGCGAGACGUGUGAAGAGACGGAAGAUGGCUGACAAAAUUCUACCACAAAGGAUCAGAGAGCUCGUUCCUGAAUCCCAGGCAUACAUGGAUCUCUUGGCCUUCGAGCGCAAACUGGAUCAAACUAUUAUGAGGAAACGGCUGGAGAUUCAAGAGUCCAUGAAGAAACCCUUAAUGCAAAAACGCAAACUGAGGAUCUACAUCUCAAAUACUUUCACCCCGGCCAAGGCGGAGGGUGAGGAGGGAGAGACAGUGGCGUCGUGGGAGCUUCGGGUCGAAGGAAAGCUGCUCGAUGACCCUGGGAAAGUAAAGAGGAAGUUCUCGUCCUUUUUCAAGAGUUUGGUCAUCGAGCUGGACAAAGACCUGUAUGGUCCAGACAAUCACUUGGUGGAGUGGCACAGAAUGCCCACCACCCAGGAGACGGACGGCUUUCAGGUGAAGAGACCAGGAGAUGUCAAUGUGAAGUGCACCUUGUUGUUGAUGUUGGAUCACCAGCCCCCACAGUACAAGCUGGAUGUCAGGCUGGCCCGACUGCUGGGGGUCCACACUCAGACACGGGGCAACAUCAUGCAGGCCCUGUGGCUCUACAUCAAGAAGAACAAGCUGCAGGACAACCACGAGAAGGAAUACAUCAACUGCAAUCGCUACUUCAAGCAGAUUUUUAACUGCAUGCGGAUGAAGUUCACUGAGAUCCCAAUAAAACUGGCUGGUCUCCUACAACAUCCGGACCCCAUCAUUAUCAAUCACUUGAUUAGUGUCGAUCCAGGUGAUCAGAAGAAAACUGCUUGUUACGACAUUGAUGUUGAGGUUGAUGACCCUUUGAAGAGUCAAAUGAGCAACUUCCUUCUUUCAACAACCAACCAGCAGGAGAUUGCAGUCCUGGAUGUUAAGAUUCAUGACACAAUUGAAUCCAUCAAUCAGUUGAAGAUCCAACGAGACUUCAUGCUGAGCUUCAGCAACCAUCCUCAGGGGUUUAUUCAGGACUGGAUAAAGUCGCAGUGCCAUGAUUACAAGAUUAUGACUGAUGUCACUGGCAACCCAGAGGAAGAGAGACGGGCUGAGUUUUACCAUCAACCCUGGACACAGGAAGGAGUCGGAAGAUUCAUCUUCUCAAAGGUUCAGCAACGCAGACAAGAACUGGAACAAGUAUUGGGAAUACGUUUCACUUAGUGCCCUCCCCCCCCCCCCCCCCCCCCCCCCCCCCCCCCCUUCCAAAGAACUGGAACUCAACGUUACUUGCACUGCUUCCUUGACAUCCAAGAACAACCUGGCUGAAGAAUGAGUCACCAGCAGCAUAGCUGCUCCUUACCAGGGACAUUCCAGCACUAUUUUUGUAAAGUCUUGACAUUUUAUUUUAUAAAAAGAGAAUUCAAUACUUAAAUGUAAACGCCCUCUCCCCUCUCCUGCAGUGCUUAGUCAGAGGGCUACUAACAUCUGCAGGAACAAAUCAACUAAAACAUUUUUUUUUUUAAACUAUUGCUUUCAAUUCAAGGGUGUUCAGUCUAUUUUUGAUUAUUUAUAACCCCAGCAAUUUCAUUUGGCUGAAAGCCUUCUGGUAUGGCCCAAAUCUGCCUUUAGGUUUUCACCACAAAGAAACAGAUUGCACAAUCAGAGCUAGUUAUCAUAACCCCUGGAGCGCCCAGAAUAGCUGGACAACUUCCUAAAGUGAAGGCAUCGUAAACGUAAAGAGCAGGAUCCCAAUUAUCCCCAGGGACAAUGUUUACAUGCUUGAAACAUUAUUUCUGACAGCUGUGGUAUCGUAAGGAUAAAAACCACAUUGUUUUGUUGUAAGUCUCUCCAGCACUUACAAGCAAUCAUAUUUUUGGAUCACAGUUAUGCCCAGAAAUUCCUGUUUGCAUUCUUGGUUAAUGAAUGCGUUCAGUGCUUAAUGUCAUAAUUUCUGGGCUGUGGUGUUCUUUUUCUCUCGUUUAAAUCUUUCAAACUUUGAACUUGUAGAGUCAGUAAAAAGUACUUUUGCAUCUUUUCUGAGUACUGUGGGAACAUUAGAUUAGGACCAAGCACUGUCACUCUUGUAGAGUUCAAAAUCCUCUCAGUUGUAAUCAUUUUGGUCCUUUUGUGUAUAAAUUACGCAAGCUGGAAUUGGAACAGGACAUUACAGUUGCUAGCCAAGGUGAUAGCAAUCACAUUUCAUGAAGAAUUAUUUCAAUCUCUGGAAAAAAUAUAUAUAUAUCGCGUUACAUGGACCACUCAUCCAUCAGAUUAGUGAUAAAGAUGCACGUUACUCAGCUUGUCUCCCUGCAGUGACAAUCCAAAUUGCAUUGCUCUCAGAAGAGUACGUCUCACGGUUUCUAGAGCUAUAUGCUGUGCCUUAAAUCUUUAUCAAUAUCCUGUAAGCUAGUUUAUUACAAGGCCAUUUCUGUCAGUGUUUAAACAUGUUGCAACUAAGAAAGUAAAAUGUACCAGUGCAAAAUGUGGUUUGAAUUCAAUCCACCAAAAAAAACCUGGUAUCAGAAAUCGCACUAACGUUGCAGACGGUGAACACUGAUGAGAGAUGAAUUUGAUCUAUAGUUUUGAAAUAGAUACUGUGUGAAUAUUGUGAAAUCGAGAUAAAUUCUAUUUAGUUUAUUUGAACUAUGUAGGAUACUUGGAUUUAGCAUGGUUUGAAGUUUACAUAAGUACCGUUUUAAACAUGUGUAUUACCUGACGGUGCACUUCAAGGUAUAUGGAGAGUUUUGCGGACAAAAUUCGUGCAACGGUCUUGAUGGGAUGUGGAAUGGGGUGAUUUACAUUUGUGUCAGCUAGCAAGGACCAAUUUCUUCCAAUUCACACUUGUGUGACGAGCUGAUAUGUAAAUGAUCAUUAGGUUCAAAACAGUUGCAGAAUGUGGAGAUGAAAAUGAUAAAUGUGUCUUUGUAGAUUUUGUUUUCAGAAGUGAUUAAUUAUUUCAAACUACUGUUUUAUUGGUGUUCAAACUCGAAACAUUCUUCUUUUUUAAGAAGUAAAACGUUGCAAAUUGGUUCUUUGAAACUGCUAAUCACCAGAAUGUUUUUUAAACGCAAGACUGAAAACAUGUUGCUAGUCAGCAGGAUUGCAAGCACUAUAGCAACAGAAUUGUAAUAAGCAUUUAACUUGAUUUUAGGAUUCGUCAACUCGAUUUCAAAUACACAUCGUGCUUUAUGCAAAGAAUAAUCAAAAUGAUGUUUGUCAGAUCAGAGCCAUAUGGAAAAUAAUGCAGUUGGAAUGCACUAACCAAAGCACUGAUGCUCAGAUAAUGGAGCUUCUACUUUACUGAACCGAACCUACAACAACACUUGGGUUUCUGUUCAUGGCACAACUUGUACAACUCUGCACAGAGGUAGAUCCAAACAAUCUGAAUAGGAAAUGUAGAAACAAAGAACUGCAGAUGCCAGUUUAUACCAACCAUAGACACAAAGUGCUGGAGUAACUCGGCAGGCCUGGCAGCAUCUCUGGAGAAAAGGGAUCUGAAAAAGGGUCCGGACCCGAAAUGUCACCUAUCCAUUUUCUCCGGAGAUGCUGCCUGAGCCCCUGAGCUAUUACAGCACGUUGUGUCUAUCUUUAAUCUGAAUAGGAAUACUGAUGAAAUUUCCACAAGUAUGGGAUUGCAGUAUCAUGUUGUGUUUGGAGCUGUUUAAUUUAGAAAGUUGCUUUCCAAUAGUAUUGCACAACUUAUUUGUUUUGUUAAAAAAUAUAUAUAAAAAGUUUGUGUUCAGGAAGAUAAAGGUUAAGGGUAACAAGAGCUGAAUAUUUCAGGUAAAAAUAAAUUUUCAAGUAAAAUUGCAAGAUGCAAAUUUAAAUGUUUCAUCUGAAUUCCAGAUUUUUGCAAAGCUUUAGCUUUAAAAGUUUACAGUAAUGAUUGCUGUGUGUGUGCGCGCGAGUGUGGAAUAGUUUAGCUGGGGUAUUGAAAUGCAGGGAAAUUUGCUUGUGUGAGAUUGUGUUAAUUUAGAAGGUUGCAACAGGAGGGUAUGUCUCUUAAUUAAGUGUAUCAGGCGUAAUUAAACAUCACACACAAUCCGCACUUUGUACAUAGCCUGUAACCCACGUCAGCCUUGAUAAACCCAUCAGUUUAUCAUCCUUGAUCAUAAACCUUCAAGGCACAUCUGGUUGUUAGCCCACUAAAUCCAUGCCAACUCCUUGUCAGGCACUCCGUUCAGUCCCAUUUCCCCAUAGCUCUGCAAAUUACUAAUUACUCUUCAAUUUUUUCUCAAACUCUCAGCUCUGCAGGCUAUUGCAUUUUAGAAACUUUGUUUCAACCCUUUUGUGAUUUAUGUUGAAACUCUAAAAUACAAAAGUGUAUUUUAUUUGCAAGGUCUAUGAUCUAUUAAGGAUCAUUGCAGGCUUUUUAGGAAACAUGUAUUUCAUCCAAAUCAGCAAAGUUAUUACGUUUUUAAUAAUAAUCUUCCCCUUACCAUUACUUAAGGGAAGGUUCAUACAAUUCACCUCAUUCUCCCCAAAUAACUUGCAUAAAUGUAGCACAGGACGUGGAUGCCGUUCUUUAAGAGUUUCUUCCCCUACACCCAAAGUCCUGCUGGUUCAUGGAGUGCUACUCAGACGAUAUUACCAAAGUUUUUUAACUCCCAUCGGGGAUAUUAAUUGAGGUUUCCAUCGUACUCUUAAUAUAGGUUGUACUGGUAUCAUAGCUGCAGUAACCCAGAUUCAAUUUUGACCUUCAGUGCUAACUAACUGGAUUUUGUGUGUUCUCCCUGUAAUGGGUGGGUGCUUUGCUUUCAUUCCACGUCCCAAAGAUGUAGCUUGGGAGGUUCAUUAGCCCCUAGUGCACUGGCAAGUGGCAUAAAUCUGGGGAAGGUGGAUGGGAAUGUGGCGAUAAUCAAAUGCAUGAUCAAUGUGGACUUGGUGGGCCAAAGGGCCUGUUUCUAUGCUGGAUGACGGAUUCAAUAUUUAACCAAAUUAAAAUUGAAAUAAUCCAUCUAUUUCAUUUUAUUACACUAGACAUGGCAGCAUGAUCCGGUCAUAAUAGAAUCCACCACUUAAACAGGGUCAUUGUUUCAGUUCGUGUGACUGAAUACAAAGAUAAUUUAGAAAGGGCUCAUCAGGGUGAGGUGGAUCAACAGGUUAUAAUAGGAGACACUGAAAGUCUCCAUUACAAACAGGCUCAGAAUUCAAGUGCAAUUAAUUGAAUUCCAGCACAAAAAAAUAGACACAGAUCUGUUAUAUCCCCAGAACAUGCAAAGCUAGGAUAAUUUCCAAGUGUAAAAAAUGUGACUAACGAGAGACAUUCUUCCUGUUAUGUGACAUGCAGCCAUUAGUGUAACAAUCGUUGUGAUGCUUUACACGUUUAUAUUUACAGAUUUAAAAAAUGUUUUUUAUGGCUUUUAUAUUCAAUGCAGUGGUGUGUAAGACCAAGGUACACAAUAUUUAAACUGAGAAUGCCCGUAUUAAUAAGGUACUGGACUCGAGGUGAAAUAUUGAUGCAGUUUAAAAAUCGCAUAGCUUUGUAACUAAUGGAGGUUUAGCUGCCAUCCAUUCCCAAAGAGCUCAUUGUUCUUUAGAGCAAAUGUGACUGAGGUAGCCACAUUCUGAUUUUACAAUGCAGCCGGUUUAGGCAAGCACUAGUUGAUGGACUGCACUCCAUCAUUCAAUGCUCGGAGCUUUGAAUCCUUUAGUGGGCAGUAGGUAUUAAAAAAAAUCGCAAUGUUUUGAGCAUUUUUUUUGAAGCAGACUGCUCACUAGGCACAAAAAUGAUUAAUGUUAUUUUCCUUGUAAUUUGAUGUUUGUUGCAUUUGGGACCACAUUUGUACCAGAGCCAAAACAGAUUACGCAUAUACACAUUUUGCUGUAGAGGUUUUGUGUGGAAAAUAAAGACAGUAAAGAUCAGCUUC